UCAAGUAGUGUUGUCUGCCGCUUGCCUUUAUAAAACAAGAUCCAUUGCCACUAACGCCAGAGUGCUCGCAUCCGUCGAGAAUAGUGUGUAGAUUAACAGUGCAUGCACCUGAGCCGUAUUGUCAGAAUGGUGAUCCGACACAAUGCCAGUGGCUGGGAUGAGUUCAUCAAGCUGGCCGAAAGUCUCGAAGGAAAGGGUGAACCGGUGCACGUCCUGUUCAAGGGCGACAAGGAUGAGAAGGGAGACAGCUGGUGUCCGUACUGCGUGAAAGCGGCACCAGUUGUGGAGGAAGCUUUGAAGAUUGCCCCAGAGAAUAGCUAUUUCAUUACCGUCGUAAUCGAUCGUCCGUUCUGGAGGGAUCUGAACAAUCCAUUCCGCAAGGAUCACCGAACGCAUCUGGUGUUCUUGCCCACGUUGCUCCGAUGGAAGUCGCCCCAGCGCCUGGAUGGCGACCAAGUUUCCAAUAAGGAUUUGGUCGAGAUGCUUCUUUCCGAUGAGGAUUAA